AUUGUACGUUUAAUCCAUGCCAUAAACUAUGACGCGAGAAAAGGAGUUAAUUCGGAUUGCAAAAAAACUGGACAAGAUGGUGUCUAGAAAUAACACGGAGGGUGCCCUGGACCUGCUGAAUGAACUGAAGAGCUUCAACAUGACGCUGAAACUUCUGCAGGAAACGAGGAUCGGCAUGUCUGUGAAUGGAAUCAGGAAGCACUGCGCAGACGACGUGGUUGUUUCCCUGUCCAAGAUCCUCAUCAAGGACUGGAAGAGACUGCUGGAUGCUGCACGUACUCAGUGUACUGAGAGGCCCAAUGAGAUGAAGAAUGGGGUUGACGCCAACAAAUCCACAGGGUCCCCAGUCCCACAGGUCACAAGAGGCUGGAUGUUUCUGAUUCAGAUCCUGAAUCUGAAAAGGAAGAAUACUCUGACAAACAGCGAAAAGAGAAGCACAAUAAAAUACUCCGAUAGCAAAGUGCCCAAAGGACCAUCUGUUGAUGCCAAGGAAGAAAGAAACGAUUUGUCAGAUUCCAAACCAAAACCUGCUAAAAGUCCUAGUCUGGAUGGCAAGAAAGACAGAAAGGACUCCACUGACUCCAAGCACAGCCUUUCUGUGAAACGUCAUUCGACUGACUCCAAAUCUGACAGAUUUCAUCCAUCUAUCUAUCUAUCUAUCUAUCUAUCUAUCUAUCUAUCUAUCUAUCUGAUGACUAGUGAUGAGCUGAAGCAGCUGAGGAACAAUCUGACUAAGGAGGCCAUUAGGGAACACCAGCUGUCCAAAACCAGCGGUACCAUUUCUGAUCUGUUUCAGUGCAGUAAAAAGAACUGCAUCUACAACCAGAUGCAGACCCGCAGCGCUGACGAGCCUAUGACCACUUUUGUUCUUUGUAACGAGUGUGGGAACCGCUGGAAGUUCUGCUGA